CAUGCGUCCAUUGGAUCUUAAGUCCAACGCCUUAACCACUCGGCCAUCCUGGUGCAGAUACCGGGACGGCUCGCAGCCGUUCCUACAUCCACGGCCGCGCUCCCUCCCGCCCCCCGGGCCGUUCGCGACCCUCGGGGGUGCCCCCUCACCCCGCCGCCGCCGCCGCCGCGCCCUCCCGCCUUUAUUCCCAGCGCGGCGGGCGCGGAGCGCACGGGGCGGUGCGCGCGGGCGGCCUCUCCUGGCGGCGGGAAGCGGGCGGGCAGGCCCGGCGGGGAGCGCUGCCGCGGGCCGGGACCGACACCGACACCGAGACGGGCCGAGCCUGGCCAGGCGGCGCCGCCUUCCCGCCGCCGGGCCCGUAGCGGAAGGGGGAGGCGGGGGAGGCUCCCACUCUCGCUGCUGUUUUCCAGCGGAGAAAAUGGACGUCCUGCAUGGCACCGAACUUCGGCACUUUUGAGGUGUGAGAAACAUAUUCCACACAGCACAGGCUGAGGACACGGGCCUGUGCCAGCCUCCUGCGCCCGAGGAGGCAGGCGGAAGCCGUCUGCUUCCCCACAAGCAUGUUAUAAAUGCAUAUCAUAUUAUUGGCUUUUCGCAAAUACUAUAAUGAAUGUUAUAAGAUUAGAAAAUUCUGUUGUAUUAAUAUAGUUUCCUUUAUUUCUGUUAUUGAUGAAACUUAGAAAUAGUGGUAUAGUACAUAUAUUGUGUAUAUAUAGUAUAUAUAUAUAGUAUAUAUAUAUUAUAGUAUAGUAUAUGUAAUAUGUAUAUAACAUAGUAUAGUAUAAUACAUCUACUAGAAUAGUAUAGUAUAAUACAUAUACUAUGGCAUAGUAUUAAAACAAAAAUUACUUUUAUUUGUAUAACCCAAAGACUGAAAAAGAUAGCUAAAGACCCCCCCGCAUUCUUGAACUAUCUUAUCCAGAUGAAGACAGCAGUGACCAUAACUCCGGGGGAGGAAUUUAUUUCAUUUCUGGUAUCAGAGAAUGUAAAUCUCAGUGGUGCCAAGAAGAUUGAUCUAUUGAAAAGGGGGCAAGAGAAAACUAAACAGAAAAACACCAAAAAUCCUAAGAAGAAUGUCUGAAUAUGUAUGAGAAUUUAUGGAUAUGUAGGUUCUGUUUUUAAGGGACAAUCCUUUGUUAGUAAGGUGUGCUCUCUUGGCUGAAUGCAGAGACACCCGGCCGUAUCUGUAUACUUUACUGUAUUUUUAUCUCCUAAUUGUCUUUUUAUUAAACUUUUAAAGUCAAUUUAAAAAAUAUGUGAACCUCGUUUUUCACAAGCAGAGCCAGGAGCACGCUCCUUGCUCGGGUCAGGCACCCAGGCCAGCCUUGCCUCUCCGCAAGGGGUCUAGUGCUCGAAUUUGCAGGUGCAGCUGAUGUCUGAUCUCCUCAGCUCUUAGUGCUCAGAGACCCCUGGGACACUAGGCAUGCUAGUGAGGGAAAAUACUGCUCUCGUACCAUACAAGUGAAUUGUUAAUGUUUUACAUCCAUGUUAUACACACGCGGGAGCUCAUUAAUAAAAGAACAACUCUUCCAAUGGAACUUGCCAUGCUGUAUCGUUGCCUUGAAAUGAGUGGCAUGCCAUGGUUCUCUAUGCAGUAGGGUUAUACCUUUCAGCAAAAUAUUGAGUAGAGAAACACUGUCAGUUAGGUUUUUUCCUUUUCUGUUCACAUCUAACACUAUUUCUAAGGAACACAGUAAAAUGUUACU